AGAGUUCUUGGUUUCCUUCUCUUUCUCACAUGCAGGAAUCAAGUCCUCAUACUUAGAAUCUGAAGAGAGAAAUGGCCAGUGACAGGGUCCAUGCAGCUUUACCUGACCCUCCCAGUCAAAGUGAAGAGGAGAACAAAGAAGAGAAGGUUUUUGGGAAUAUCUUUGCAGAGUUAGAAUCUGUGGACCUGCCUCUGGGAACCACCUUAAGGUCUAUUUACGAUGACCAGCCCAACGCCCACAAGCGCUUCAUGGAAAAGCUGGAUGCCAGGAUAAGGAACCAUGACCGUGAGAUUGAGAAGAUGUGCAAUUUCCACCACCAGGGCUUCGUGGACGCCAUCACAGAGCUCCUCAAAGUCCGUGCUGAUGCUGAGAAGCUGAUGGGUCAAGUGACAGACACUAAUCGAAGGCUACAAGAAGCUGGGAGGGAGGUGACAGCUCAGACAGAGGAGGUGAUUCGCUGUCGAAUCCAGCAGAGGAAUAUGGCCACCACUGUGGAGAAGCUCCAGCUCUGUAUACCAGUGCUAGAAAUGUACAGCAAACUAAAGGAGCAGCUGGAGUCCAAAAGAUAUUAUGCUGCGUUGAAAACCAUGGAGCAGCUGGAGAAAGUCUUCAUUCCCAGGGUUAGUCAGUACAGGUUCUGUCAGAUCAUGGCAGAAAACCUGCCCAGACUAAGAGAGGAGAUUAAGGAGAUCUCCAUGUCAGACCUCAAGGACUUCCUGGAGAGCAUCAGAAAACACUCUGACAAGGUUGGAGAGACUGCCAUGAGACAGGCACAACAGCACAGGACCUUUAACAGUGCAGUGGCCAAGCAGGCCACCGUGGGCCACUACACCAAGCCUGUGUACUCCCUCAACGGACAGACACACACUCACAAUGGCCUGAUGAUGGACGACGACACAGGAGAUGAGGAGGAAGCAGAUGAAGAGGUUCUCACAGCUCAGGACCUGGUGGACUUCUCACCUGUCUACAGGUGUUUACACAUUUACACUGUGCUGGGCGACCGAGAAACAUUUGAGAACUACUACAGGAAACAGAGGAAAAAACAGGCCCGACUAGUGCUGCAGCCACAGGCUAACAUGCACGAGACAGUGGAAGGCUACAGAAGAUACUUUAAUCAGAUUGUUGGGUUCUUUGUCGUGGAGGACCAUAUCCUCCAUGCCACGCGGGGGCUGGUGACCAGAGCUUUCACUGAUGAAUUGUGGAACAUGGCCCUGUCCAAGAUCAUCGCUGUGCUCCGCACACACUCUUCCUACUGUGAUGACCCAGACCUGGUCCUGGAGCUGAAGAACCUCAUAGUCAUAUUUGCUGACACACUACAGGGUUAUGGUUUCCCAGUGAACCGGCUGUUUGACCUGCUGUUUGAGGUACGAGACCAGUACAACGAAACUCUGCUGAAGAAGUGGGCACUGGUUUUCAGGGAGAUCUUUGAGUUGGACAACUACAGUCCCAUCCCAGUGGAGACAGAGGAGGAGUAUAUACUGGUAGUCAGCCGCUUUCCCUUCCACGAUGCUGAGAUAGAGAAGCAGGACUUUCCAAAGAAGCUGCCAAUGUCUCAGUCUGUCCCUCAGAUCUACACACAGGUCAAAGAAUUAAUUUAUGCCAGCCUCAAGUUCUCUGAGUCACUACACCGGAGUUCAACAGAGAUUGACGACAUGUUGCGGAAAUCAACCAACCUGCUGCUGACAAGAACGCUCAGCAGCUGUCUGCAAAACCUCAUCAAGAAGCCUCACAUAGGGCUGACUGAGCUGGUGCAGAUCAUCAUUAACACCACCCACCUGGAGCAGGCCUGCAAGUACCUGGAGGAGUUUAUAACAAACAUCACCAAUGUCUCCCCCGAAACAGUACACACCACAAGACUCUAUGGCUUGUCCACGUUCAAGGAUGCCCGUCAUGCAGCGGAGGGAGAGAUUUACACCAAACUCAACCAGAAGAUCGAUGAGUUUAUCCAGCUGGCAGACUAUGAAUGGGGUAUGGCCGAGUCGGACGGCCGUGCCUCUGGAUACCUCAUGGACUUGAUCAACUUCCUGCGUUCCACCUUCCAGGUCUUCACACACCUCCCGAAUAACAACAAUGACCAUGCGUCGAUGUCGGGUAAAGUGGCCCAGACAGCUUGUAUGUCAGCCUGCAAGCAUCUGUCCACAUCACUGAUGCAGAUGCUGCUGGACACAGAACUCAAACAGAUCAGUAUGGGAGCCAUUCAGCAAUUCAACCUGGACGUCAUUCAGUGUGAAUUGUUUGCCAGUUCAGAGCCGGUCCCUGGCUUUCAGGGAGACACUCUCCAGCUGGCCUUCAUCGACCUACGACAGCUCCUGGACCUGUUCAUGGUGUGGGACUGGUCAACUUACCUGGCAGACUAUGGCCAACCAACCUCCAAAUACCUGAGAGUGAACCCAGCCACUGCCCUGGCUCUACUGGAGAAGAUGAAGGACACCAGUAAGAAGAACAACAUCUUCUCUCAGUUCAGGAAGAACGACAGAGACAAACAGAAACUGAUCGAGACUGUAGUCAAACAGCUUAGGAGCCUGGUCAACGGCAUGUCCUCCUAAACACACACACACACACACACACACACACACACACACACACACACACACACACACAGGAGUGAUGUGUGUGUCAGAAAGAGAUGUAAAGAAUGACAUUUGCAUGCAGUCACAUGCACACACCGAACUGCCAAGACACUCACAGAGAACAGAAGUUUUCACACAUGUAAUGACACACACCAUGACAGUGGCUUACAGAAGAACCACACAGGGAAUUUACAGACACAUAGAAACACAAAAGGGACUGAUAGAUAGACAUACACACACAUAACGUAAAGGCACAGCAAUACACAUACUGUACAAGGCAUGCAGGGAACAGACUCCUAGCAAACACACACAAAGUCAUAUCCUCUCCUUACUGUUAUACCUGACUGAAUACUCAAUGUAAAUAACACACACUCAUACUAAACAGCUUACUGGACUCUUCACAGGAAUGAACAGUAAAAUGUUUGUAAAGUAUUUUUAAUGGCGCUGAUAAGACAAACUAUGUUUUGUACAUUAGUGAGAGUGUAAUGAUUGUAGCUGCCGAGGGAGAUUGGGAUAGCAGCGGAAGUGACACGAGUACUGGGACAAUGAGGUCAAAGGUCAACACAUGUAAAGGGAAUAAAACAUUUUCCUUUUAUCAGAAACUCAUGUUACACAGUCAACAUCAUCUACUCAGAAUUACUUUUGAGCACUUUUGUCUUCCUUGGACGAAGAUGGAAGCUGCACAAUUAAUCAAAUUUUAAUCGUGAUCACGAUUUUGGCCCGCCACGAUUAAAUUAACCUGAUUGUCGGCGAUAUUUCCAUUUUAAAAUUUGGCUCUCUUGCAUAUCUAAUCAAGCACUUUCUACACCAGUAGUCCACCAACCACCAGGGGGCGACGCAUAGUUAAGAUUUCACGUAGCUGCCUAAAUAAAUAACGAGCGAGCGCUAAGCAGGAUGUGACGUAGUACUCUACACGACAACAACAUGCGCCAUUUGUAAAAGCCGGCGAAGCAGUGUUGCCAACUUAGAAACUUUGUUGCUAUAUUUAGCGACUUUUCAGACGUCCUUAGCGACAAUUUUAAAAUAAAAAAAAGCGACUGGCAACAAAUCCAGUGACUUUUUCUGCUGUUAUUGGAGACUUUUGGAGUGGAAGCGGCACAGUCCUCCUGCAGCAGUCUUUCCCAGCUGCAGAGCCAGAGGGGAUGUUAACCCCUUAGCGUCCAGUCUGCAAAUUGCUUAUAGGCUAACAGUUAGCUCUGUAGCAGUACAGUGUGUAUGUGUUGCUGCUGCAGGAGGUGUUCACUUAGCGAUCUCUGUUUGUUUACAACAAGCACCAGACACUCUGUGCACACACCAAAAACUGUUCCUAUUGUUUGUUUAAAAGUAGUGGAAUAAAAAUACAGAUGUUUUCCCUAACAUGAUGAAUAAUCGUGAUUAAUAAUCGUGAUUACAAUAUUGAUCAAAAUAAUCGUGAUUAUCAUUUUGGCCGUAAUCGUGCAGCCCUAAUGGAAUGUAUUUGCUUGCAUUUCAAAAUGAAGGAUUACAAUUCUUUUGUUAAUCUACAGACAUCAAGCUGUUGGUGACUUAUUCAGUUACAACACAAAUAAAAAUCUUGUAUCUGAUGAACGUCUUGUAGAUUUAACAAAAGAUAGACGAAUGAUUUAAUGAUAGUUAUAGGCAAAAUAAAAGGAUAGAGCUCAAUAUUGACCAAUUCAGACAACAUGUCCACACGUAAAUAGUACAUUUACACACACACAAGAAUUCCGGUUACACAGGUCAUCAGAGUAGUACCCUAUUUACUGUAAAGGAAAAGUCUUUCUGAUUAACCAGGCUUGAACUAUAUAGCAGGUUUCUCUUAGAGACCUAGUAUAGAAACCAGCUUCCUCGCCUAAAUGACAUCAAAAAACAAAGAUUACUGUAAUCUAGUUUUGAUUUUCUAGUCCCAUUUAUCGAUUUAUACUUUAACUGGAUGAAGGAUUUUAGUCAACGGACCUGGAUCAGAGAGAAAUGCUGAGCAAACGUUGCCAGUAGCUUGGCUCCAGUCCCUCCACCGAUGUGCCAAAAGGCAUUGUAGAACCACCAGUAUUUAAGGUGAAACUGCUUUAUUCAAUAUUUUACUGGUUUUAAUCAGCAUGUCCAUUUGUUUUGGAGACCUCUGUGGAUAAAUUGGCUCCCGUUUAAAACCUCCAACCACAAUUAACAUGAAAAGAAUUCCUACCGUAAGAAACCAACUGCAAUGACGUCAUUGCUUCAUCUUGUGUAACUGUUUUGAUCAAGAGACCAUUGUAUGGUUUGGCAGACCGAGCUAACUCAUUGUCUCAAUACUUCACCUGUCAGUACUGUGUAUGUGUGUGUGCAGAGACAAAGUGGUGCCGAGCUCAUGGAUGGAUGGAGAAAUAGAUGAAUGGAUGAUGACGUCUUGAAUGACUGAUGUUCAUGGGGGAAAAAGUGAAGUUUUCUUGACCUCGUUGGUGACUUUGCUUCCUGUUGGUCUUCUUUUCUGCCUCAAGUUGAAUAUUUAAACCCUCUGAGACAGUCUCACAGUGACUGAACAUUGAGUUCGGAACAUGGCAAAGAAAAGUAAGGAAAGGGAGGGGGGCUUCUUCAGUAAUUCUCUGCACAUGAGAAUGUCAAAAAUGAAGUCAUCGGAGGUGGAUUUUUAAAUAAUUUAAUCCAUCUUGUGUGCAUGCACCGGUUGGAUAGAAUAACACUUUUACCAAAUAAUGCAAUCUGUUACAACAAAACACAAAUUCAUGCAGGUUGUUGUACGAGAUUGUGUUAGAUUGCACAAGUGGACACACCUAGUUUUGGUCAGCAAAGGCUUCAAGAGCUGAUGAGGAUUUUGGUUUUUAGUGACCACUGCAUGAAGCAAUCCUAAUAGAGGGUUUGCAUGAGAUGUCACCGUAUGAAAAAUCUACCACGGUCACCAGGAAACUGACAUCUAGUAUUGGCAUGCAAUUUGUAUCUGGAUAUUUUCAGUGUAAAUCCAAGCAGAAUCAGAAUGUGAUUGGAUCAGCCAAUCAGACCACCUGUGAAAGGUGUAAAUGACAUCUGUACGGUUUUGGAACAAUUAAGAAAGAAAUCUGACGGGUUAGACAAGCUAGCACUAGUUCUGAUUCAUUCAUUCAUUAUCCUUUAUCUGAGCUGGAGUCGCAGGGAGCUGGAGGCAGUCUACCCAGUCUAAACUAACCUGCAGCCGCUGUACAGUCAUGGAAAAAAUUAUUAGACCACCCUUUUUCUUCAACAACAAAAAUAGUUCAUAAGAGUUUAAUUUAAGAGCUGAUAUCUAGACAUUGUCCAUGGUUUUCUUGAUAAUAACCAAAAUAAUUAUCAAGAAAACCAUGGAAAAUGGCUAUAUAUAUAUAUAUAUAUAUAUAUAUAUAUAUAUAUAUUUGCAGUGUAUUAAAACAAAACUACAUGGUUAGGUUUAGGAAAAUAUCAUGGUUUGCAUACUUAAAAUAAGUAUGUUUGUUACGUAAGUUAAGUUACGUAAGUUAGUUAGGUAAGUCUAUUUAAUUAAACAACAUUAACUUUUGACUUCACACCGGACACAAACAAUGGUCUCCUGGGUGAAAAUUACCUGAAAAAUUCCCCAAGCAUAUCUGGCGUGAAAAACACACUAAAAGCAAAAACUGCGUAAUGGUAAAAAGGGAAAUGGCUUGAGAAAUUGGCGUGUCAUUCAUGGCAGGCUGAUCAUUAUAGAUCGAACACAAAACUGACAGAAGGGCGGGAUAAUUAAAAAUGUGUCCUCAACUUCAGCACCAUGGACAGUGCCACGUACCCAUCAAUACACAGCACAGUAAGGUUAUUUCAGAGCCAUGGUCAAGGCCAUAGAUUAUAACACAAAUAGACCUAUCAAUGAGUCAGGAAUAAUACAUAUUCAACUAAAAACCUGUACUCUGCUACUAGGGGAUGGCAUCCCCAUCAAUUUGUUUCUGGUCAUAAUGUUUCCUUAAGAGUCUCCCAUAUUGUUUUAAUUUGUUCUGGGAUGUGCCAUGGUUGUUAACCUGUCUGCCAGUACCACCUACCUAAUUUGCAUAUUGAUCAUAGUGUGACAGAAUGGAUGGGAACAUUAAUUAAAAGCUGGUGUACAGGUGCAUCUCAAUAAAUUAAUAAAUGAAUAAACAGCCCCAACCAAGUAUUGAGUCAUAUAGAUGGACAUACUUUUCAGAGGACAACAUUUCCAUAUUAAACAUACUUUUAAAAUUGGUCUUUUGUAAUAUUCAAAUUUUGUUGAGACACUGAGUUUUAGGUCUUCAUUAAAUGUAAGCCAUAAUCAUAAUAAAUUAAAUAAAUGAAGAAGUGAAAUGUUUCAUUCUGUGUGUAAUGGAUCUAAAUGAUGUGUUAUUCCCACUUUUUGAAUUUAAUUACUGACAUAAACAUACUUUUCUAUGAUAUUCUAAUGUAUUGAGAUGCACCUGUAGAUGCACAGGUCCAUGAUCAGAUGUCAUUACUAGUAGUGUCACAGUUUUAAUUCUAAAUUAAGAAAAUUUAACAAAAUGAGCUUCCAAUUUUGACAAAAAAGCUACAGACCAAAGACCAUAUGGCCUUAGUGUGGUGCAUUCCAAAAGUAUGUGGCGAUUAUAUGACACUUCAUACUUUAUAGCUUAGGCAAGCCAAGGCAAAUGUAUUUGUAUAGCACCAGUCAUAUACAAGGACACUCAAAAUGCGUUACAGAGGCAUAACAAAUACAACAGGCAUUAGAACCUGAAAUGAAAGGAGAAUUAAAAUGUAAUAUUUAGAGAGUAAAAGUGUAUUUAGAAGAGGAUUUUAUUUAUUUAUUUAUUUUUAUUUAACCUUUAUUUUUACAGGUAAUCUCAUUGAGACACAGGGUCUCAUUCUCAAGAGAGACCUGAUUAACAUACAACAGCAAAACAACACACAGUUACAUAGAACAGGACGUUGACACAAAGAGAAAAGAGAACACAGCUCAUAAAAGUAACAAGUGCAAAGUGUCAUGGCAGUAGUUUAAAACUAUCAAGAAAAACAAGAGCAGACCCCCACAGACCAUCUGUCCAGAUUUCGUAAAAAAAAAAAUAGUUUAAAAUCCUCCAGAGGAACAACGAUAGAAAGCUUCAGUUCCUGCUGCAGUUUGUUCCCGGUUGACGGAGGAGAGAGUAGAAAAGGGCCUUUUUCCCCAAAUUCUGUCCAGACCAGCUGGACCGAGAGGAUAAAAACACACCUAGCCUAGUUUGUUAAAGCAGUUAUGUGACAGUUAUGAAUGAUAAUCAAUGCAGCCAUCCGUUCUGGGGAAAAAAACUCAAAAAUGAAUCGAACUGCGACCUUAAAAUCAUGGAUUUAAAUCAAAUCGGGGAUUUGAAGAAUGGGGACACUCCUAGUCUUGAUCCAGAUACAGAUCACAUGUUAAUACCAGGUGGAUGGGGUCUAAACUUCCCGGCAUGUCGUACUCAUCAUUGUUAUAUCUGAAGCUACUUGUACAAGAUUUUGUUAACCUCUCAGUAUCACAGUUGUACUCGUUCACAGCAGCCACAGCAGUGUUUUGGUCAGGCUGCAUCAUAAAAAGGUGACAUCAGUGCAUGCCCUCUUCCUCCCUCUGUAAAUCCUGUCAGUCGUAGGGUUAAGGACACUAUUUAUGUGACGUUAACUGCAGUUUGUCUUACAACCCACUCAAACUACUUGAUUCAUGCUUACAAGAAAACAAGGCCCACGUGGGAAAUUGUUAUGUUAUUGGUGAUUAUAUAUACAUAUAUAUAUUUAACAGUUCAAUAACUUGCAUAUAAAUUCUUUCUUUUUGUUCCUCAGGGUGAAAUGAAGCUUUAGAAUCUCAUAACCCACAUAUAUUCACAAAGCACAGCAAUAAUGAAUUGGUUGCUUUCCAGCCUUGCAGGCAGGUUGACGCUUAUCUAAAAAUUCGCACAGGACUCCUGACGACAAACGUUUUAUAAUGAGACUGUUUCUAUUCUGUUUAUGUUUUGGGUCUGUGCUCCACUUUCAGCAGGCAUUUUUGCACUGAAACUGAUUGACUGAAGUUUUUUCCUUUUAAAGAAAUGUUUUGCCUUUUUUAAAAGUUGCUUGUAAAUGCCAAUGUAUAUACUGCAUAUUUUGUAAAGAAAAUAUUACGGCAGUUUGUCUGCCACAAACCGAAUUGGAGGUUGACACUGUGAUACGCACCUCCAUCAACAUCUAAAGUAAAUAUGUAAUUAAUGAUAAGAGUUUGAAUUGCAUUUGUUGCUUACUUGGUGAACAGAGUUGAGUACAGUGUGAGGAGCUCAGUGAUUUUUGUUGGUACCUUCUCUCCACUCGUUUGCAUGGUUAGGGAAUGAAAAAUGCAAUAUUAUGUUCUAGCAUAGACCCUGUAUAACAUUUUGAUAUGAAGUAUCUAAAUACUGCUCCGAAAGAUUUCAACGUACUGCUCAUAGAUGUGAUCCAAAAUAAAGAAUGGUUCCAAAUUCUGAUUUAUUUAAAGGGUUUCUGUGCAAACACCUCCUGUCUGGGUUUCAUCUCAUGAGUGUAAACUGGUUUUCCUGGUUUGGAGGUGUGUACAAGGCCUUGCAUUCAUGUCCAUUUUACCAUAAAAUGUCAAAUAAAAGCCAGUCAUUCAGACAACGACCAAGUCAUAAAUAACUGUAGGGCUACCUCAGAUGAAGCCCAAAAAAAAUACUCAUAUAGUCAUAGUAAUGUUUCCACUUUACUUUGCAACAGUCAUGUCAUAAUCACCACUCUGUUGCUCUUACUUUCUCUUUUACCGGAAAUACUUCUUUCAUUUACUGCUUAUUUCCUUUUUUAUUUCCUAUUUCCUCUUUCUAAGUAAAGUGUCUUCCUUCAAAGGUUUCACAAAGGGAGAAGGUAUGGCUUAUGAGCAGCUGAAUGGGCCUUAUUUAAAUAUAGCAUAUGGUCUAAAGCGCAUGGUGCAAGUACAGCAUGCCCAACUGCACUACUGGUAGUUAAACGUUGCAUAAUCUGGACAUUAACUAAGGCAGAACUGGAAGAGUGGUUGUAUUUAGUCUAAUUAACCAUUUGUGUGUUUUUCCGUCAGUCAGUCAUUAGAUUAGUAGUAGUAGAAAGUAGUAGAAAGUUUAUUUGUCUUUGCUGUGCCGAUUCUGGCGGGGCUCAAGUCCCUUUUUUUUCUUCAUAGACCAGGCUUGGGUCAGACUCACUCAACCGCAGCAGAAAUUAUAAGUGCGUCUCCAGGAGAGACUUUUACUGUGUGCAUUUACCCAAGAGGGACAGCAGCCAAACGUUAUCGAUUUUUAAAUCUCCAGACACACCGACAGUAUCGGUCAGGAUCUAAUGUUAAGUAAGGUUUUGUGUUCGUCUACACAUUGAAAACAAAAUCACACAGACCAGUCCAGGUUCAUACAGUAGGUGUGUGGGGAUUUUUUGUGUGUAUCAUAGAGAAAUCGCAUCCGAGGGACUGUGCGUCCUAGUGAUUGAUGUCGUAUAAUUGGAAUAAAAGCAGGAAAAUACUGCACCGUUGACUUUAGACCAGGUUUUUGUCGCUAAAUGGCCAAAUAAAUAUUGCUGCCUCAAAAUAGCAAUGUGCCGGAUGUAAUAUAGGGCCCAAAAUGUGAAACCUCUUUGCAGGAAGAAUUUAGUUUCAUUGACAGUAACUUAAUACGAAAACAAUCAAAAUACUCAGAGCAGCAGAGCGGAGAAUAUGGCAUGACUCUUGUGUUGUGUAAGGACAGAAAUGGAUUAUACUGAAUAUAUCGAAGACAAUUUACACAUGAAGGAACUGUUUAGAUGACAUGAACUUGUCAGAGCUGGGUCAGCUGGCCCUGGGUCAAGGAAGGUUAUGGUGAGGGAUUAGGAGAUGUCCUGAGAACGAUGACCAAGAUACACAGUGACUGUGGCACAGCAAAUUAAAACAGUAGCAGAUCAGAAAACGGGACUCUAAUUCAUACAACCCAACAAAGUGCAGGACUAGGACACCUGAGAAAGUUUCAGUUAAAUGUUAUAAUAUAGAAAUGAUGUAGUUACUACAAGCACAUAUUGUAUUGCAAGAUUUGUGUGUUGUUGGAAAAUGAAUUAAAUAUGUUGUCAAUUAACAUUUUCCUGAUACAUUCAGUAUCAGCAUAUUGACACUAGCCAGAUACAUUAAUUAACAUUAAACCUAUUUCAAAAAAUCCGGGCAGCAUUACGUUUCCUUCAAAACAAAUUUGCGGUUGCAAAUUAGUUAUAUAAACUGUAACAGGGUUGUAAAAUAUGAUACAAUACACUUAGAAAACAAGGAAAUUAUAAUAAAAGUCUAAGAUGAGUUAGAUGUAUCUUGUGAGACAACAAAAGAAAACAUGAAUGUAGUGACUUUAGAUCCAUAACUAGGACAAAGCUCAAGUACAAAAAAAAUUAAGAUCUGGCAGCGUUUCAACUGUUUCCUGGUACAAUGACACAAGUCAAGAUUUAAAUAAUCGAGGUUUGAAAUCACACUGCUUGUAUGCCAAUGAUUGUUAAAUUGACUGAAACAAUGUGAGAUAGUUUUGUUGCCUUCCACAAAAGUGGAGAGAGGGUACAUUUUGAUAUCCAAAGGAAUCCUUGCUUUAUCAUUGUCAUUGUUCUCAGUAAGUCGCCCUGACUGAGACGUUGUUUUCUUAAAUUUGUUGUUUUUAUUUUGUGUGCUGUAAUAAAAGUUUAUUCAACAGUAA